UGAAGGCACAAAAACGCAAAAUAAAUAUGAACCUGAAUCCUAGAAAGACACCUGUGAUAAUAAUUCCCACCUCUCCCAGUCCAAUACAAAGAAAUGAUCUGAAUGUGUGCUUCACACGCAUUUCAACCUUACGCAUCUAGUCCGCCCGUUUUAUCCUCCCCCGCCAAACCACCAAACGCGAGUGACGCGCUCCCUUGUCUUCUCGUCCGUUUACCACACAACUCUCUCCUUCCCCGAGAACGACAUCUAAAGAGGCCAUUGACGCCUCUCCAUAUCCAUAUCCCAAGAGAGCCUCGAGUCCUCUCUAAUCCACAAUGUCCAACUCCAUCAACCCUCCCACCAUACCAUCCCCGCGAGAAUCCAGUACAAUGCGCGCCGCCCCAACACAAACUCUCAUCCUCGUUGUCGCAACAACACCCGUGCGCACAACAUGCCCCUCGACAGGAAAGACAAUCACGCGUCUCGGAAUCGGUCUCAACGGCACCCUUCCCUGGCCGCGGAUUAAAUCCGACAUGAGUUUCUUCGCGCGCGUCACGGCGCGUCCGCCACGAGAGGGAACGACCAAUGCCAUCGUGAUGGGUCGGAAGACGUAUCUUUCUUUACCGGGUCAUUUGCGACCGCUAGCGAAGAGGAUAAAUGUUGUUGUGUCGCGAAAUGCGACGGGACCGGUGCAGAGUAUGGUGUUGGCGGAUCUGGAGACGCAGCGGGCGAAAAAGGCUGCUGCGGUAGCGUCAGCGCAGAAGGAUGGAGAGGAGAAGAGAAAAUGGGAGCCGGUCACGGAUGCGAUCGUUUGCUCUGGUCUGGACACUGCGUUGGAGACACUACAUAGAGAUUUCGAGCAGCAGGAAAAAUUGGGAAAGGUGUUCGUUAUUGGUGGUGGAGAGAUCUAUGCUUCUUCAUUGCAAUUGAGCCGUGAAGGUCUACAAGUAAGAGUGGUCAUGACGAAGGUGAAGAGGAGGAACACGCCAGAAGGCAAAGAACAGGCGUUUGAAUGCGAUACAUUCUUCCCUGUCGACGAUAUGACGCCGGCGAAGGGCUGGAGAGAAGCCACUACUGACGAGGUCGCAGACUGGGUUGGCGAGACGGUCUCCCCGGACUGGAAGGAGGACGGAGAUGUUGCUAUCCAGAUUGUCGGCUAUGAGAAGACGUCAUAGGAUAGUCCGGGGGAAACGAGAAGGGAUAUAGAGUCUUCCCUGCAGGUUGUGCAGGAGGGUAGCUAUUUGACCCGAAAGCGCAGAUAUAGGCGCUCUUCGUCGAAUACCAGCAUUACAUAAAGCGUGAAACAGAAGGAACAGAAGGCACCAAUUCAGAGUUGGUCCUAUCCGCACUCGAGUCG